GCCUCUCUCCUAAACCCUUCCUCAACCCUUCUUCAUUAUUGUCCAAAAGAAGAGAGAGACUCGGCGGAAGAGAGAGAGAGAGAUCUAGGGUUUCAGCUGAACGUAGUUAUAUUUUCUUAGCCGCUUGCAAUUUAACCUAGCCUCUGUAGAUCUGUUCUACAUUUCAUUGAGGCUUCGGAGCUCGGACUUGCAGAUGGUUCCGGAGCGGUCCGAUUCAGAUCCGAGUUCCGCCUGUGACCUCCGACACGAUGCGAGUGAAGACCCAAUCGACUCGGUCGAGGCCGAGACGAGUCUGAUCAAUGCCGUCUACCUCGACAGCAAGGCCGAGCUCGUGGCUCAGUCGAAGCGACUCGGCGGCCGGGCGUUAGACCUAGCGACCGCGUCGAAGCUCCUGCAUCUCUGCUGCAACUUUGACUCUGUAGAGUGCGCCUCGGCGCUUCUCAGCGGACAGCUUGGAGCGAUACCACUCGUGAACGAGUUAGACGAGGCCGGGAAAACGCCGCUACACACGGCGGUGGAGUCUCACGCGUUGCGGUGCGUGGAGGCGUUGCUGAAGAAACACGCUCGUACGGACCUGAGGACGAAGGACGGUGAGGCACAGCUACCGUUGGAGUUGUCGCUUACUGAGGCAAGGUUGGAUAUAUAUUGGAAUCCGAACGAUUUCUCCAAGGAAGAAUUUGUCCUUCACAUAACUGAAAAGGAUUUGAGCAUUGUGAGACUUUUGAGUGACAAAACCAAGGAGAUCGGAGUGAACUACGCUGUUCAAGGGCGCGUAGCUUCUCUGACGGCUCUGCUCAUCGUCGCCGCCGAGAAGGUUAUCGAUUCCGUGUUGGAGUUGCGUAAUUCCAAAUCGGGGUGCAAGGAGAAGUUCACUAUCUACGAAUGCCUUAUAAGGGAGGCUUUGGCCCUGGGCGGCCAUACAACGACGCCGUUGAGGGCGGCCAAAAGGAAGCUCUUGCUCCGGGAGAUAGACCUGCUUCAGCUCUUCGGAGCUGUAGUUCAGAGCUGUGGUGGAGACAAGAAGGUGACUUCGCCACUCAUCCGUGCAGCUCAGGGAGGAGACAAAGCUGUUAUCCAGCUGCUUCUGAAGACAAAUAUAGAUGUCAAUGAUGCUGAUGCAGAUGGAAAUUCUGCUCUUCAUUGGAUACUUGCGUCAUCAAUAUUGUCGCAUCCACAACAGAUAAGUAUUAUAUUGCUUCUUCUAGAGCAUGGUGCUCUCGUAAGGCAAAGGAAUAAAAUGGGGUUGACAGCAUUUCAUAUUGCUGCUGGUAAUGGUAAUUCAAAGGCCCUUGAGAUCCUUCUGUUGGAAGACCCGUUAGCUGUCCAAUAUAUGACGGAAAUGAAAGAAACCCCCCUCUUUUUCGCUGUGAAGAAUGGGAGUAAAGACUGCACUGAGCUUCUUUUAACAUGGGGAGCAAAUAGUGAAGUCCUUAACGUGCGUUAAUCAGGCCUUCCCCAAUCAACAUAAAUGUACUGCCUUAGAGGUGACAGAUGAAGACACCACUACUGAAAGAAAUGUUAACUCAAUCACCAAGGCAGAAGCUUGUAAGUACUUUGAAUCUCAUCAAGGAUAUGUCAGAGGAGUUCAGGAUGGAGCAUACCAGAGUCAUUCUUAUGCUGCGAAACAACUCAAACGCAAAAUCUUUGUUGGAGGACUUCCUCCUUCAGUGGACUCUGAUGUUUUGGGAAAGUUCUUUGAAGAGUUUGGAUCAGUGGAAGAUGCUGUAGUUAUUGUAACUCAGAUAGAAAAGAAGAUACAAUCUCAAGGCUUUGGUUUUGUCACAUUUAGAGAGGAGAAAUCUGCUUUAGAAGCCAUGCAAGCGAACUACGUCACCAUGAGAGGCAAGAAAGUUGAAAUAAAAAGUUUGAUUCCAAAAUUGGUUUUCAGAGCUGAGUUUGAGAAAAUGUCACCUCAACAACGAGAACAAGAUAAAAAUUUUCAACUUCCACUGCAGAAGUCGAACGAGUAUAUUAUGGAAGGUGAUAACCCUGAACAAGGUUCUUGCGCUGAUAGAUUAGUCCUUGGACAACCAGCGGCAUGUUCCAUUGAACCUCAAGCUCAUGUGACCAAGAGCUCUGAGGACCCAAGCACUCCUACAUGGCUAAAGGUUUUCAAGAAGUGAUUUCCUGGGUUCUUACAAGGUCUCCUGAAGCACUCAAAGUAUGCUCUCUCUUCUCUAAAAGCUGAUUUCAGGGCUAAAUUUGGGUUAGAACUGGAUCAUUCAUCUGUGGGCUACUCUAAGCUCAGUGACUUCCUGAAAUGUUUCUCCGAUUUAUGUACCGUUGAGAUUCUCUCCAUAUGCAAACGUAGACCACCUAGUCACAUGAUCGUCCGGCCAAAUUUUUUUAGGCCUCCACGCCGACUCCUUCAUACACUCAGAACACCUCAUACUCUGUCAUUUUUUGCAUUGAUUGAGAAUGGUGGUGAUUCAAAGUGUCUUUCAGACCUCUCAAUGGGCAUUGGUGGUGAAUAUUCAAAAUGUCUUCAGGAUCAUUCAAAGUGUUUUCAUGACCAUUCAGUUGCCGAUGGUACUGAUUCAAAGUGUCUUCAGAAUCUUUCAAUUGCAGCCGGUAGUGAUACAAAUUGUCGUCAGGAACUUUCAGCUGACAAUGCUGCUGAUUCAAGGUGUCUUCAGGACCUUUCACUGGACUUUGGUGGUGAUUCAAAGUGUAUCCAGGACCUUUCCAUUUGCAAUGCUUGUGAAAGGUGUGGCUUAAAUGUCACUAGCUAUGGGGAAGAGAAAUCGUCCUUUGGGUACACUAAAGUGAAGAACUCAAGGUUCCUUCAAUUCUUGAAGCCAGAUCCUGUACUCCAUGGUCCGAUUUAUCAGGAGAAGCUACAUAGAGAGACUAAAGGGACUACUAUUAUUGCUUGGGUUUUAAACCAAGCACCUGCUGUAAUGGCUGGUUUUGAUUCCAUGAUGAACUAGUUUCAGAUACAUCGAAAAUAUUUGAAAUCAUUAGUCCAAAGAUACUCGCAUUAGGUGCAGGAAGCUAUUAUGAUAAUAAGAAGACAUUUAAUAUUAUGAAGUACUGCAUUCCAAACAAGAUUAUGAGACAUCCUGAAGUCAUAUUUAAGCUAGGAGAGUAUGCUCGUGAUAGGCCCGUGAGAAAGAAUGUUGAUUUGUAUACCUGUUUUAUUCUUGGCGUGCAGUCUGAGGAACCAACCCUUUAUCGACUUGACAGUGACCUUGAUCCUCCUUUAGAGAAAUGUGAUGGUGUAGAAUUAAGUGGCACAGGGGAUCUAGUGGCUUAUGAAGCAUUGACAGAAGAAACGGAGGAACCUGUGGAAGGUUUUCAUGUAGAAGACACACAUAGAAAUGUUAAAUAUGCAUUUCUUAAGGCAGCUCUAACCGAUCCCUCUACCGGUGGUAUUAUAACUGUGGCAUAUAUUGAUGAUGAUGGAAUGGAAAGAAUGUCCAGCAAUACGGUUGUAGAAUUGUAUAUACAAUUCUAUGACAAGUUCCGUUAUCUUGAAGACCGAAUUGUGUUUCUAUUUUAUGAUAAUGUUCAAAAGAAAAAGCUUUCGUCAUUUCUUGGAAAGAAAAUCAAUGCAAAUGCUGUUGAAUAAGUUGGUCAUCCUCUGACGCAGUUACAUGGAGGGGAAGUUUGGCUAGAAACAGAUGAUGAAGGGGUCAUUACGUUAGACACUGAGAUUCAGAUGCAGCGGAUGGUAUUUAAAACCAACACAGAUGCUAUUAAUUUCUUCAACAAAGCUAUAGCAGUUGAUGAUGAUCUGUCUUUUUCUUCAUCUGCACGUGCCUUUAUUAGAUUCUAUAAAGUUUCCGGCAAGAGGAUAUACGUUGCCAAACAAUCUAUUGAACUUUUGGAGUCUUUAGUCAUUUUGAGAAAUCUACGAAACCCUUUGUACUUCCCUUAGGACCUUUCCGAUACCUGGAUGGAAGAAGUACUAUAUGCCUAUGAUUUAUUUUGUUAUGGCUUUUGGCACAAGUCUGUAUAAUUUAUCCUACAUUUGGCUAGUUGGAAUAUUGUCUUGGAUUAUUAUGGGCAUUGGAUUGGAUUCCAAUGAAGUUCAAUUGGUUC